GGCGAGGACACUGGGAGGUGCGGGCGGUGUUAGCGAUUUCAAACCGCGCUGAGCAGCGGCCGGACAGUCGCCGCGCCCGACCUGCCGGGCCCAGGUGAGAACAGUCCCCCGUUUGGCUUCUGCUGUGUAGGCCGUUUCCUUUUCUGUAUCACCCGCCGUGCUUCGCCGGACCCGUAGGCUGCUGCGUAGGCCUCGAUUCUCUGUUGGGCCUGGGCUCCCGGCCCUGUGAGGGGGCCGGGGCGGAGGCGUGGUCCGCGGUGGUCUCCCGCGGGAACGAGCCGGGCCUGGGGGCUUCACCCCGAGCCGCUUUCGUGACCAGAGGGAGGGCGAUGGUUAACGGGGGAGGCCGCGGCCUGUGUUGUGGAGCUGUGAGGGGCGCCGGGGCCUGAGGGGCGCAUCGGCUGCGCGCGUCGUUCCCGCGGGACGGGGAGCGGCCGGGGGGUUGCUGGGCUGGCCCGGCCCGGCAUGUCCGUACAGCCCGCUGAAGGAGGCUGUACGUGGAGUUGUUUUUUUCUGCAUAACAGCCUGGAGUAACGUUCCCUCAGGUGAGGGUGGUCUUAACGCACAGCCGUGAAGGCAUCUGCAUUUCUGAAGCUCUGGCGCUGGGCUCAGGCGUUGGUCUGGGAUCCCGAGUCCCUCGUCUGAAGAUGCUUCCUGCUGAGCCUCAUGUAGCACUCUGCAUGGGGGGUUGGCAGGAGUGGGGAUCUCCACCAUUCUCCUCUGUUGUUGGAUUCUGAGUCAGAGUCUUGUGAUCCAUCUCCAGGCAGGAGCUUUCAGGUUGCUUUGUAGGGGGUUUUGUUCCUGAAUUUGUAACUUUGUCGGUGAGUGACCCACGGUGUUGAAUAGCAGAUGCCGUGGAAUAGAAAUUCUGUGUAGCGCAAGCUGGCCCUAGCUCUGCUAUUUAAAAAACAACAUCAGAAGCCGUGCGUACCCCCAGACUCAUGUGCUGUAACCUUCCAUCGAGUUUCUCUUCAGUAUGUAUCAGCUGUCUAAUUAUCCCAGGGUUUCCCUUUUUUUACUGACUCUUAUUUUGGCUGUUGUAUGGUUCUAUUGGAAGUUGCUCUCUGCAGACAAGAACAACGUGUGUGAAUGUCGGGGUGCUGGGCAGCCAGCUAUGGGAAGCCUUCCUCAGUUAUUGCUCUUGUACUGGGGAAAGCAUGGCUACACACUUGCAGUGAACGUAUCUGUUAGCUUGAAACUGUGAAGCUAUGUGUUCUCAGGUGCUGAUCCAGACUCAAAUGUUGAAGUAUUACAAAAGGCUACUAACUAGUGAAACUCCCCAGUACUACUAAGUCAGAAUGAGGGUGUACAAGCUGCCAUUAUAGCUCUGAUGCUUUUGCUGUGUAAUACCAGAUCAGUUGAUUGAAGUUCGAAUUUAGUUUGACUGUCUCUUUCCCCAAGUUUGGCCUACCUUUCUACUGCUGGUUUCAUAGCUUUCCCCCAUUUAAAACUUGUAGAUGCACGUUCCCCCCCCUCUUUUAAGUGGUCUCAACAAAAAUGGACUGGUUCUAAAUGAAUUGUUGUAGAUGUAUUUAUUGAAUGUAAUCCUAAAGAAUACAAAACUGGGACUGUUAAUCAGGGGACCAGCUAUGGAAAAGAUUAUUUGUGACAUCUGUGCAAAAAUAGAUGAAAACUUGAUUUGAGAGGCACAAAUCGCGCUGCUGGGCUGAUUUUGCUGAUCUUUUGCUGAUCUUAAUGUUAAAAACAAACAACCAAAAAAAAAAGAAAACGAACUGUGUGGUAAUAGGACGUUAUUCCUGGUUCUCAUACACAUGUGACUGGUAUCUGUGGGGCUGACUCUCGUCCUCUCCCUGCUAUGGCCCAGUUAUGUAAUCUGGGCCCGUAUUCCAAAAUCCUGGGCUGUGCCACCAUGCAGCUGAUAAUCUCAUACUGUUAGAGCUGUGAGGUCUUGUUCCCUUUUGGCAGCUCCAAAACCUGGUUUCUAGCAUAUGCUAAGAUUUGUUUUUCUCUCGUGUGUCUCUUUAGGAGCUAAAUUUACAGCUGCAAUUCACUAGGCAUGUUGGGAGCUUUUUCAGUCCAUCUUUUUUUCCCCUUUGCUAUUCUGAGUAAUUAUCUGCCAACUGCAAGACUGCUGUCCGCCCCUUUUGUAGGUCAUUUAUGUACCUCUCAAACAGGGCAUACAAAUAGGAGAUGGAUCUGAAUGUUCUGUGGAGCGGAGGAAUUGCUGUAACUGUAGAGAGAAUCUGAAUUACAAUGGGGGAUGACAGUGAGUGGAUGAAACUGCCCAUCGACCAGAAGUGUGAACACAAGCUGUGGAAAGCCAGACUAAAUGGCUAUGAAGAAGCCCUUAAGCUCUUUCAGAAGAUAGAUGAUGAGAAGAGUCCUGAAUGGUCCAAAUACCUUGGAUUGAUAAAGAAAUUUGUGACGGACUCCAAUGCAGUGGCACAGUUGAAGGGACUGGAAGCAGCACUUGCUUAUGUUGAAAAUGCUCACGUAGCUGGGAAGACAACAGGAGAAGUAGCUUCUGGAGUUGUAAACAAAGUAUUCAAUCAGCCAAAAGCCAGAGCAAAGGAGCUGGGUGUAGAUAUAUGUCUAAUGUAUAUAGAAAUUGAGAAAGGGGAAGCAGUACAAGAAGAAUUACUAAAGGGUCUCGACAACAAAAACCCGAAAAUCAUAGUUGCGUGUAUAGAGACACUGAGGAAAGCACUAAGUGAAUUUGGUUCAAAAAUAAUCUCACUGAAGCCAAUCAUUAAAGUAUUGCCAAAACUGUUUGAGUCUCGGGAAAAGGCUGUUCGAGAUGAAGCCAAACUCCUUGCUGUGGAGAUCUACCGUUGGAUAAGGGAUGCUCUGAGACCUCCAUUGCAGAAUAUAAAUUCUGUUCAGCUAAAGGAACUGGAAGAAGAGUGGGUCAAAGUGUCAUCAGCUGCUCCUAAGCAGACCAGGUUCUUGCGUUCCCAACAGGAGCUGAAAGCAAAAUUUGAGCAGCAGCAGGCAGCUGGAGGAGAUGGAGAUGAAGGAGAUGAUGAUGAGGAAGAAGCAGUACCACAAGUGGAUGCAUAUGAGUUGCUUGAAGCUGUAGAAAUUCUUUCAAAGCUUCCAAAGGACUUUUAUGAGAAAAUAGAAGCAAAAAAGUGGCAGGAAAGGAAAGAAGCUCUAGAAGCUGUGGAAGUGCUGGUGAAAAAUCCUAAGUUAGAAUCAGGAGACUAUGCAGACUUGGUGAAAGUUCUCAAAAAGGUUGUUGGAAAGGAUACGAAUGUUAUGCUGGUUGCUUUAGCUGCCAAAUGCCUUGCUGGACUGGCUUCUGGCCUCCGAAAGAAAUUUGGACAAUAUGCAGGACAUGUUGUUCCAACAAUCUUAGAGAAAUUUAAAGAGAAGAAACCUCAGGUAGUGCAAGCACUGCAGGAAGCCAUUGAUGCAAUCUUUCUUACUACCACAUUGCAGAACAUAAGUGAAGAUGUGUUGGCAGUGAUGGACAACAAAAAUCCAACAAUUAAGCAGCAGACAUCCCUUUUCAUUGCAAGAAGCUUCCGUCACUGCACACCUUCUACUCUGCCAAAAAGCCUGUUGAAACCUUUCUGUGCUGCACUUCUCAAGCAUAUCAAUGAUUCUGCUCCUGAAGUAAGAGAUGCUGGCUUUGAAGCAUUAGGCACUGCAUUGAAGGUUGCUGGAGAGAAAGCUGUGAAUCCUUUUCUAGCAGAUGUCGACAAACUGAAACUCGAUCGGAUUAAAGAGUGCGCUGAGAAGGUAGAACUGGUUUAUGGUAAAAAGACUGGAGCUGCUGAGAAGAAAGAAGGCAAGCCUGUUGCUGGAAAGGCACCUGCUCUUUCAGGGUCUGCUGGAGAUAAAGAAAUAAAAGAUGCAGCAGCCAAACCAGGACCACAGAAAAAAGCACCUGUUGUGAAACCUGGGGGCCCCCCUAAGAAAAGCAAACCAGCUGCAGCUGCGGGUACAGGCGGUGCUGGGGCUAAAGGCAAGAAGGGUCCUGAGACCAAAGAGAUAUUUGAAUCAGAGCUCUCGAUAGAAGUUUGUGAGGAGAAAGCUGCUGCUGUCCUUCCAGCUUCUUGUAUCCAGCAGCUGGACAGCGGUAACUGGAAAGAGAGACUUGCUUCCAUGGAGGAGUUUCAGAAGGCUGUUGAGCUUAUGGAGAGAAGUGAAAUGCCUUGCCAAGCUCUAGUAAGAAUGCUGGCCAAGAAACCUGGUUGGAAGGAAACAAACUUUCAGGUGAUGCAGAUGAAACUGCAUAUAGUUGCAUUGAUUGCACAGAAAGGAAACUUCUCUAAGACUUCAGCACAGGUUGUAUUGGAUGGUCUUGUAGACAAGGUUGGUGAUGUGAAAUGUGGGAGCAAUGCAAAAGAAGCCAUGACAGCAAUAGCUGAGGCAUGCCAACUGCCAUGGACUGCUGAGCAGGUUGUGGCUAUGGCUUUCUCUCAAAAGAACCCUAAAAAUCAGUCAGAAACUUUGAACUGGCUCUCAAAUGCAAUUAAAGAGUUUGGCUUUUCUGGACUGAAUGUCAAAGCUUUCAUCAGUAAUGUGAAGACAGCUCUUGCUGCAACUAACCCAGCUGUAAGGACUUCUGCCAUUACCUUGCUGGGAGUCAUGUAUCUUUACGUGGGACCUCCUUUGCGAAUGUUUUUUGAGGAUGAGAAGCCAGCCCUUCUCUCUCAGAUAGACGCAGAAUUUGAAAAGAUGCAAGGACAGACAGCACCAGCCCCAACUCGUGGCAUUUCCAGGCACAGUGGAGGAAGUGGGGAUGAUGGUGAGGAAGAGGAACAGGAAGAUGUUGGGAAUGAUGUUGUGGAUCUUCUGCCAAGAACAGAUAUUGGUGAUAAGAUCACAGCUGAACUAGUGGCUAAGAUUGGGGACAAAAACUGGAAGAUCCGAAAGGAAGGUCUAGAUGAAGUGACAAGCAUCAUUAAUGAUGCCAAGUUCAUACAGCCCAACAUAGGAGAACUUCCUGCUGCUUUGAAGAGUCGUCUCAAUGACUCCAAUAAAAUCUUGGUGCAACAAACACUGAGCAUUCUUCAGCAGCUGGCAACAGCAAUGGGCCCCAAUAUCAAACAGCAUGUGAAAAACUUGGGCAUUCCUGUUAUCACAGUCCUUGGUGACAGUAAGAAUAACGUUCGUGCUGCUGCGCUAGCAACUGUGAAUGCCUGGGCUGAACAAACUGGCAUGAAAGAGUGGCUGGAAGGAGAAGACCUAUCUGAGGAGUUGAAAAAAGAAAAUCCUUUCCUAAGACAAGAGCUUCUUGGUUGGUUGGCUGACAAGUUGCCUACCCUCCGCUCUGUUCCUUCUGACCUGCUCUUAUGUGUGCCUCACCUCUACUCCUGCCUUGAAGAUCGAAAUGGGGAUGUGCGUAAGAAGGCGCAAGAUGCCCUGCCAUUCUUUAUGAUGCAUCUUGGCUUUGAGAAGAUGGCAAAAGCCACUGGCAAGCUGAAGCCUACUUCCAAAGACCAGGUCCUGGCCAUGCUUGAAAAAGCCAAAGCCAACAUGCCAGCCAAACCAGCUCCGCCUGCUAAAGCAUCCUCCAGAGUGGGAGGGGGAGCAGCUCCAGCCAAAUUCCAACCUGCGUCAGCUCUUGCUGAAGAUUCAGGGUCAAAUACCAUGGAAUCGAAGCCUGAUCCCAAAAAAGCCAAAGUAGGAGGAGCUUCUUCUAAAACUAAGCAGUCAGAGGUUAAUAGCAGUGUGUCCAAGGGCAAUACCAGUCUGUCCAAAACUAAUACAAACCUCAGCAAAGGCAAUACCAGUCUGACAAAGAGCAAAUCUGUCAAACAGGGUGUACAGGGGAAGAAAGUAUUAAACAAGCCUACUUUGAAGGAGGAUGAUGACAAAUCGGGUCCCAUUUUUAUCAUAGUCCCAAAUGGGAAAGAACAGAGAAUGAAAGAUGAGAAAGGACUGAAGGUGUUGAAGUGGAACUUCACUACUCCUCGUGAUGAAUACAUUGAACAGCUGAAAACUCAGAUGUCCAGUUGUGUGGCCAAAUGGUUACAGGAUGAGAUGUUUCAUGCAGACUUCCAGCACCACAACAAAGCACUGGCUGUUAUGAUUGAGCAUUUGGAAAAUGAGAAAGAUGGUGUCAUCAGCUGCCUGGAUCUGAUCCUAAAGUGGCUUACCCUUCGGUUCUUUGAUACCAACACAAGCGUUCUUAUGAAAACACUUGAAUACCUUAAAUUGCUUUUUAAUAUGCUGAGUCAAGAAGAGUAUCACCUUACUGAAAACGAAGCAUCAUCUUUCAUCCCAUAUCUCAUCAUAAAGGUAGGAGAGCCAAAAGAUGUCAUCCGCAAAGAUGUGCGUGCCAUCCUGAAUAGGAUGUGUCUCAUAUAUCCAGCCAGCAAAAUGUUUACUUUCAUCAUGGAGGGGACAAAAUCUAAAAACUCCAAACAGCGUGCAGAGUGCCUGGAAGAGCUUGGAUGUCUGGUUGAAUCAUAUGGCAUGAAUGUAUGCCAGCCAACUCCAGGGAAAGCCUUGAAAGAAAUGGCAACUCAUAUUGGUGAUAGAGACAACACUGUUCGCAAUGCUGCACUCAACACCAUUGUAACCGUCUAUAAUGUUCAUGGUGACCAAGUAUUCAAGCUGAUUGGAAACCUGUCUGAGAAAGACAUGAGCAUGUUGGAGGAGAGAAUAAAACGGUCAGCCAAGAGACCAUCUGCUGCUCCAGUAAGACAGGCAGAGGAGAAACCUCAGCGUAUCCAAAACAUCAGUGCUAAUGCUAGCAUGCUGCGGAAGGGGCCAGCUGAGGAUAUGUCUUCCAAACUCAAAAUUAUGUAUCGCACUUAUAGGAUCCAAAAUCGCAAUAUGGGCAGUCACUCUGAGACAGCACAUACAGUUCCACGGGAAUUUCAGCUGGAUCUUGAUGAAAUUGAAAAUGACAACGGUACUGUGAAAUGUGAGAUGCCAGCGCUUGUACAGCACAAACUAGAUGACAUCUUUGAGCCAGUCUUGAUUCCUGAGCCCAAAAUCCGUGCUGUGUCGCCACACUUUGAUGACAUGCACAGUAACACUGCGUCUACCAUCAACUUUGUCAUUUCUCAAGUAGCCAGUGGUGAUAUAAAUACAAGCAUCCAGGCUCUGGCACAGAUUGAUGAAGUUUUCAGACAGGAAGACAAAGCAGAAGCUAUGUCUGGCCACAUUGACCAAUUUCUAAUAGCCACGUUUAUGCAGCUUCGGUUAAUCUACAAUACACACAUGGCAGAUGAGAAGCUAGACAAAGAUGAGAUAGUGAAACUUUACAGCUGUAUUAUUGGGAGCAUGAUAUCGCUGUUCCAGAUAGAGAGUCUGGCUCGAGAAGCCUCCACUGGUGUGUUGAAGGACCUAAUGCAUGGUCUUAUUACACUAAUGCUGGAUUCUCGGGUUGAAGACCUUGAGGAGGGUGAGCAGGUCAUCCGAUCGGUCAAUCUCUUGGUAGUGAAAGUUCUUGAAAAGUCUGACCAGACCAACAUUUUGAGUGCUCUACUUGUUUUACUUCAAGACAGUCUGCUAGCAACAGCCAGCUCUCCUAAGUUUUCAGAACUUGUCAUGAAGUGUCUGUGGAGAAUGGUGCGUCUUCUACCGGAAACCAUUAAUAGCAUCAAUCUGGAUCGGAUUCUGCUGGAUAUCCACAUUUUCAUGAAGGUCUUUCCCAAAGAGAAGCUGAAGCAGUGUAAGAGUGAGUUUCCUAUAAGGACACUGAAGACUCUGCUUCACACCCUGUGCAAGCUGAAAGGGCCCAAGAUCUUAGAUCACCUAACGAUGAUAGAAAACAAAAAUGAAUCUGAGCUGGAGGCUCACCUGUGUAGAGUAAUGAAACACUCCAUGGACCAGACUGGAAGCAAAGCUGAUAAAGAUACAGAAAAAGGGGCUUCUCGCAUAGAAGAAAAAGCUUCAAAAGCCAAAGUGAAUGAUAUUUUGGCAGAAAUAUUUAAGAAGAUUGGCUCCAAGGAGAACACUAAGGAGGGUUUGGCAGAGCUGUAUGAAUACAAAAAGAAAUAUUCUGAUGCAGAUAUUGAGCCCUUCCUGAAAAACUCAUCUCAGUUCUUCCAGAGCUAUGUGGAAAGAGGCCUCCGGCUAAUAGAAACAGAAAGGGAGGGAAAAGGACGCAUUGCUUCUUCUACAGGAAUUUCUCCUCAGAUGGAAGGAACGUGUGUUCCUGUUUCUACCCACACUGUACCUUCAUCUAUAGGAAACACAAAUGGGGAGGAAGUGGGGCCUUCAGUUUACUUGGAAAGAUUAAAAAUCCUCAGGCAACGUUGUGGCCUUGACAAUGCGAAGCAGGAAGACAGAGCACCUCUGACAUCUCUGCUCUCUAAACCAGCAGUCCCUACAGUUGCAUCCUCUACUGAUAUGCUUCACAGUAAGCUCUCCCAGCUCCGUGAGUCACGAGAACAGUACCAACAUCUGGACCUGGACUCCAAUCAGACUCAUUCUUCUGGCAUUGGAACUACCACAGCUUCACCCUCUUCUGCAGCAGCUAAUAUUGAUGACUUGAAAAAAAGAUUGGAGAGAAUAAAAAGCAGUCGCAAAUAGAGAUGCGAGAGAGGCAGCAUCACGGUUGCUUGGGCUGUCUUCAGCUUUAGUUUACUAAACUAGAAGUCUUCAUAGUUAAAUGGCCUCGUUUAGGCCUGAUGUAUACAAACUGGUUUAUGUAUAAUACAGUGGAUUUUGGAGGGACUGGGUCAUUGUGGCACAAGUAUUUGUACAUACUCUGCUUCUCAGUGAGCAUCUCUUGACAAUAGAAGGCUGUCUGUGUAUUAGUUUUAGUGUACAGACCUGUAAACAACCAUCCUCUUGCUCAGACUAGUUUCUCAUAACUUGUUUUUUAUUUGUAAUAUUGUCUUUAAGAUCUUUUUUCCUAGUUCUUAACUCUUAGAAAAUCUUUAGUGAUUUCACUUUUAAUUUUGUGGAUUCUUCUCCAUGUAAUCCUUGAACUGUUGAUUCUAUAUGGACACAUGGCAUGAAGUAACUAAUUUAAGUGUCUUUUGUAAAUAAAGUUUGCAUUAACUAUACCAGUCUUCAUAGGAACAGCAGUGACUGCUGGCGAGAGAAGUUGCUGUCUAUUCCUGAAUGUUAGUGACUGGGCAUCUAGAAAUUGAACUAAGCUAUUCUUGAAAUGAACCUAAAGCUUGGAUAUUUUAUAGGAAAGAUGAGUGAAUAUACUAUCUCUGGGUUGCAAUCCUGAGACUUUGCACUCUUCUAUGAGCAGUAGUGCAUUUUUUUCCCAUGUAGUUGCUGUUUUUUGUUUUGGACUAUGGUUUCUGUAAGUUGCAAGUAAUUCGAGAAUAUUUAGUUUGCUGAUAUGCUUAUUUUAAAUUACUAAUCCUUGUAUUGCCUCUACCUGGAUGAAGCAUAGUCCCUUCUGUGUAUAAAUGCUUUCUCUUUGAGAGAGCCUACUGCUGUUGAUAAGAAAUAGAUUAGCAGUGAUGUACAGUCAGUGGCCUCAUUUAUCCUGAACUCAUUUGAUUAAGUGGUCUUCCUAAUGGAGUUUUCAAAUGCAAGUAGACCACAGCACCAUAUUUAGUUGCACUUAAACAUCCAGCGUUAGCAAACCCUCCUGUUCUGUAUAACUAGAAUAAGCCUGCUAGUGCUAAUCUUCAAAAGCUGUAGUCAACUGCUGUUUGAGUGAGGAGCGUAUUCUGACUAGCCUUCUUCAGAAGCAGCAAGUAUGAGAGCUUAAAGACCUACACUGUGUAGCCUUCCUAGCACUUUCAUCUCUUGGGAGGUGCUGUUUUCACUUCGCUCCUUCACUGUUGUGUGUGAGCUGGUUGUGAAGUAUAAAUUGCACAUCUGUUCCAUCGCUAGAACAGAGCUAUUGAGGAGUUGGACAGGCAGGCUUAAAGCAGCAUGUGGUUACUCUGGGUUCUAAUCUUAGCUCCAUGUAACUGCUGCUUUUGUUGUUUGCUCUGUGGACCACAGGAGUCUCAGCGUUUGGGCUGUAGCUGAAUCAAUCUUGCCUGAUUACAGUAAAAACUUGGUUUUGAAUUAGUACAUGCACAACAGAUCUAUGCCAGAGCUGCUGCAAAUGGCUGCAAUUUUCCUCUUACAGGACCCCUUGGCUGGGGUUACAGUGGAUUUGUAAUACUGCUUGGUGCUUGUGGUGAGUUUAUGCACUGUGAUAGCAGGUGAAUUGUGAGCGGUCUUCAUCCUGUGUUAACUAACAUGAUGCCCUUCAUUGCUUCACACUGCUUUGAUUCAGUAGUUGCGGUCUCCUAUGCUAACCUGAAGUGGUUGUACCCUUUUAUUAAACAGACCUAAAUGGCAAGAGGAAGUUUUGGCCAUUGAUGGUAAGUGCAGAAGUUUUGUGCACUGGGGGUGUUGGUGAAUAGUUGUUUGGAUGUCAUUGGAGUUGCUGCCACUACCUCUCAGUUACCAGCUGCUUUUUGAAACAAUUAACAUUUAAAUGAAUCCAUAUUUUUAUUUACUGUACCAUGUCUAAUAGACAUUUUGAAGAGCUGUUUGUUAAUUAGUUCAGGAUGUUAAAGCAGCAAUGCCUGCAAACUUGCAUACUACUAUUUUAAACAACUAUUUUAGAUUUGAAACUGAAUUGGAAGUGAAGUACAGGAAUAAUGAGUAGAAGAAGAUAUAGCUGUUUACUAUGAAUGAGUUUUUGCCCUGUGUCUUUGUAGUGUUUGGUUGGACUCAAUAUCCUGGGAGUUCUGAACUAAAACUUGUGCACAUAAAUUAAUAAAGCCUAAUCUUUAGCCCAGAAAAUAUUUAAAUAAUAUUAAACUGAAUUUUAAAAAUGA